GCCCUUCACAAGGGUCGGUGACCCUUAACGUUGGGAUUUCUGAAUCAGACACUGUUUCAUGACAGUCCCCGUUGACUUGUUACUGUAGGGUAAUGCGCCCUGAAUAACCUCCACUUGCCAGUUGCCAGCAAUUACGCCUUCCCAAUCCCUAGACAACAACUUUUACUUUAAACAAUAGUCCCUUUUAAUAUGUGUGUGUAUAUAAUUCCCUCGUCUCUCCACUCCAAGACUCCAAUUAGCCAGCUCUUCUCAAUUUUUCUAUUCUUUUCGUUUCUUUUGUUGGGUUCAGGGUUGAGAAAGAGAUUAAAUUUUUUGGAAGCAAUAUUGGCCUUGGGGAGCUUUUGGGUGACACAGGAAUAGCAGAAGAAAAGGGAAAAGGAGAAAUUUCCUGGGAUCAUUUUGGGUCCUUUCUAACUCAAAUCCACUUGCUUUGUUUUGUCUUUGUUUGUGAUUGGAUAAGUAAUCCACUUCUAUUCUAUGCUCAAACCAUUUCUCUUCCAUCUAUCCCCUGCAAAAACAAACCCAGUUCUUCCAUAAAAAUUCAAAUUUGAUCAUAGAGAUUGAAGUAUCGGAGGAGUUCGGGACAAUUUUGUUGAGGAUGGUGACUGGCUGGAGGAAAGCCUUCUGCACAUCCAUACCCAAGGAGCGGGAUUCAACAGUACUUGCAGAAAAGCAGCAACAGAGCGGUGGCGGUGGAAGUACCAUCGGAAGUACAAGCAAAAGUCCGAGAUUCGGGACCAGGUUCGGAUUCUUCUCCAACCCAUCAACGCCUCGUUUGCAGUCACAACCAGUAUCAAGUCCGAGCCUACUGUGCCGCACCACCACCACCGCCACUACCCCCAUCUCAUCCGCUCCCAACAGCCCCAAACUUCAAUGCAAAAUCAUCACAACCCCGAAAAAACAACCCAACAGCAACAAUAGCCCCAGAUUGUUCCACUUCUCCAAUCCUUCAUCUCCUAAAUCCCCGUCCAGUUUCUCUCUCCUCAAAGCCACUCUCCGUCUUUCCAAGCAGACGAGAUGUGGAAUCUGCUUGCAGAUUGUGAAAACCGGACAGGGGACGGCAAUUUUCACGGCAGAGUGCUCCCAUUCUUUUCACUUCCCCUGCAUAGCUGCUCACCUCAAGAAGAACUAUUUACAGCUAUGCCCCGUGUGCAGCACCAGCUGGAAGGAGCUUCCCUUAUUGUCUGUUCAAGAAAAAAAGGCAGAACCUGAAGCUAAACCGCUCAAAGACAUCAUAACGAAGCCGUUGCGAGUCUACAACGACGACGAACCAUUGAAGUUCAAUCCAAUACCGGAGUCUGAAGAAACAGAGAAUGACGAUGAAGAAAGUGAACAUGAGUUUAAAGGAUUCUUUGUAAAGGACAGUAUUACUCCUAAAUUUAGCAGACAGAUCGCAGUUAAUUCGAGAAAUGUGGAGGUGAGAUUGUUACCAGAGGCGGCGGCAGUGGCCUUGAGCAGGAGCUACGAGACUUACGUGGUGGUUUUAAAAGUGAAAGCGCCAGUGCUCCCGGCGGCGCGUGGGCAGAGACAUCCUCCUAUUGAUUUGGUGACGGUGCUCGAUGUGAGCGGGAGAAUGAGCGGUUCCCGGCUGCAAAUGAUGAAACGCGCCAUGCGGCUGUUGAUAUCUACUCUCAGCGAAACGGACCGUUUAUCAAUUGUCAUAUUUUCUUCAACUUCCAAGCGGUUGUUGCCGUUGCGGAGAAUGACGGCCAGCGGAAGAAGAUCGGCGCGUAGGAUCAUCGAAGAGCUGGGAAGCAACGGCCAAGGUAUGAACGUGAACGACGCGCUCAAAAAGGCGGCGAAAGUGCUGGAAGAUCGCCGAGAGAAAAACGCCGUCGCGACGAUCAUGCUCCUAUCGGACGAUCGCGCCGAAAUGUCCCAAACAAACCGAACCAAUCAGGAUUUCGCAGUCGUCUCAUCCACGCGCUUUCCACAGUUUGAAAUCCCCGUCCUCUCCAUUGGUUUCCGCGAGUGUACUCACGUGCCUAGCCAUGACGCCUUCGGUAAAGUCGUUCGCGGUCCACUGAGAGUGGUGGUUCAGGAUCUCCGCCUCCAAUUAGGAUUCCUCUCCGGUUCAGCGCCGGCGGAGAUCGCUUCCGUAUAUUCAUUAACGGCUCGCCCCGCUUCACUCGGGUCGGAUUCAUUGCGGGUAGGCGAUCUUUACGCCGGCGAUGAGAGAGAAUUGCUGUUGGAGUUAAAAGUACCGGCAUCGUCCGGUGGAGCCCACCGGGUCCUAUCGGUAAGAUCCUCGCACAGAGAUCCAUUUACACAGGAGGCGGUCUACUCGCAAGAGCUAGGUCUACUGAUUCCCCGCCUGUACGCCGGACGCUCCACCUCUCCGAGCAUUGGACGGUUGAGAAACCUCCAUGUAAGCACUCGAGCGGUGGCUGAGUCACGGCGGUUGAUCGAGCGGAAUGAUUUGACGGCAGCGCAUCACUUGCUCUCCUCGGCUCGAGCCUUGUUGAUGCAAUCAGGCUCCGGCUCCGCUGAUGAAUUCCUGCCCGGCUUGGAAGCCGAGCUAGCAGAACUGAGCCGGCGCCGGCAGCAGGUGCAGAUCCAGAGGCAGAGAACUAAAGCGAACGGUCAGGUGGUGGACAAGGCAGAGGCGCUUACUCCGAUAUCGGCUUGGCGAGCGGCGGAGAGAUUGGCUAAGCUGGCGAUUAUGAGAAAGCAUAUGAACAGAGUCAGCGAUUUGCACGGCUUUGAAAACGCCAGAUUUUAGAUUUUCCUUUUUGUAAUACAAAAAACAACGGAAAUAUAUUUUACUCGUAUAAAAAAUAAAUUGGUAUUAGUGUU